AUGGACUCGAGAGGCCGACGGCCUAGGCUUUACCUAUUGGCCUUCGUCGCACUCUCUGGACAUGUGGCCUUCCUGCACCCGCUGCAACAGCCCUCGCACAUUAGAGGGCGAUAUCCGGUGGCGAUGAAAGCGAGCUGGCUUGAGAUGCUGGAAGAGGCCGUAGGUGCCCCAACUCCACAGCCGGCAACUCCAGCUAUACCCAGCAGUGUGCAGCCACUUGAUGCCGGGCUGAUGACUCGGGAACUGACAGCUUUUCAGUUGGAAGAGAAAGGCCUGGCCAUGUCCGGGGAAGACUUCGAAGUCAAGACCCCCGAAGGUGAGCUGGUUUUGCGCAUUGGCGGCGGCAACCGCAUACCCCUUCCAGGGAUGCCCGUUUGGGACAAGCUGACAGUCUCAACUGCUGCUGGCGGCGAGGUUGCCACACUGGAGCGGCAGGCAUUCGCCAUGACUGCAAGCUACGACCUUCUACGACCGAACGGCAAAAAAUUUGGCAAGGUCAGCAAAGCCAUGUUCGCAUUGACAUCAACCUUCGAAUUCUACCAGGAGGAUGACACCGAGGGGGGUGCAUUGCUCCGAGCGGAGGGUUCUUUUAGCGACAAGAGCUACGUCAUGAAAUCUCGCCAGGGGCAGGUGGUUGCUACCGUGACGAGACUUAAGGGUUUCAGUGGUGGCAACGUUGACAACUACCAGGUCAUCGUUGGAGCAAACGUUGAUGCAAGCCUUGUGUUGUCGAUGGCAGUCAUCAUCGAUGAGAUACACGAUGAAGAAAAUCCUGCAGAGGCGGGUGGUGAAGGUCUUCCUGACAUGCUGGAGGAUGCUCGAGGAUUGCCUUUGCCUAAGGCGGCGAACCCGAUGAUACCGUCUGGUCGAGCGCCGUUGGACGUUGAUCUUAUGCAUGCAACCACGACAGCCUACGAGCUUGAAGAGAAAGCUUUGUCCAUGUCUGGAGAGGACUUUGAAGUGAAAAGCCCAUUGGGGCAAGUGCUUCUUCGGAUCUCUGGAGGAAAUCGUUUGCCCCUGGCUGGCAUGCCAGUAUGGGACAAGCUGACGAUGUCUACAGGAUCAGGUUCUGUCGUAGCUUCAUUAGAUCGGGAGAUGGUUGCCAUGACGCCGACUUACGAUGUGAUUCGGCCCGACGGCUCGAAGUUUGGAAGAAUUUCGAAGGCCAUGUUCGGCCUCACAGAGACCUUCGAGUUCUACCUGGAGGGGGAUUCCAGUGGUGGACCAGUCUUGAAGGCAGAGGGGAGUUUCAGUGAACGCGCGUUCCAAUUCAAAAGCCGGGAAGGCACCGUUGUCGCUACGGUUGGCCGUGGCUACUACCAGACAGACAAUGAGAACCGAUAUCAUGUGGUGGUUGGCCCGCAAGUAGACGCUACGCUGGUCGUGGCUAUGGCUUUUGCAAUUGAUGAGGUGCACGACGAGGAAAGUCAGGCUGAGGCUGAGCCUGAGAGUGAAGAAGGGGGCUGGCCCUUCCGAUAA